AUGGAACUUAUGUUCGGCGAAGUUGAUGAAUCACACAAUGUUUUUCUCGAGAGGUCAAGUCCUGUGACGGAGGUCAAUAACUGUGUUAGUCAAACAAAGAAUAACGAAAUUAAGGUGCCCGAUAAUAAUGAUAAUGAAACUUCAGGAGGAAGCAAUAGUGUAUUACCCCAUGAAGAAAGUGGGAUACAGCCUUCUACUUAUCAUGGUAAAAAUUUGCUGUCAAAUGAAGCCAGACCAAGUGAAACUUAUUCUUAUGAUUCUGAGCAACAGCAUAGUAAUCUCAGACCGUGGAAGCCUGUGGACCAGCGAUUUACUGCUUUGAAAUAUGCAUGCGAUAAGCUGUUAGGUGAUAACUGUGCGCUUAUGAAUGUGGUCCUAGAUGGCAUGUUGAUGUAG